AUGGAUGAUAUAGAUUUGUUAGAGUGUGACCCGAUUUUUCUUACGCAAAGUUCGUAUUCACAAUUAAGUGAAGAAAAAGAAACUGACAUUCUAAGUUAUUUUGAUUUAAAACCAAAUGACAAUGAUUUGGAAAUUACCCGUCAUAAGUUUAGACACGGUCAACCAGAGACAGUUAAAUCCCUUCAAAACAAGAUAGAGGAAUCGGUGCCGAAAAAUUCAGUCACAAAAUAUAAAUGGGGUUACAAUGCUUUCAAUAGUUGGCAAGCCGAGCGCAGUUUACGUCCGAUAUCAGAUAAUUUAGGAAUUCCUCCGAAUUGUUUGCAAAAGGAUUUGGUACACAUGGACGAAACAGAACUGUCCACUUCAUUACAAUAUUUCAUAGCAGAGGCCAAAAAAAAAGACGGAGGUACAUAUCCGUCCAAUAGUAUUUAUGACCUGUUUUCCUCAAUACAGGGAUAUAUUCGCCAUCAGAAAUCGUCAAGUAUUAAUUUCUUCACGAAUCCCGAAUUUCUUAGGGCUAGACAAGUGUUAGAUGCUGUCAAGAAAGAAAGGGCAACUGAAGGUCUCGGUGCAAAUACGCGCAAGCAGGCUGAUGUGAUAUCGGUAGAUGAAGAAACGUCAUUUUAUGAUAAGGAGGAUGUUAUAAAAGCUAACGCGGGUGGCCUAAAGCACAGAAAAGUUGUUCCAAAAUGUGUCCCAGCAUUUGAAAACCCAGAAAAAAGAAAUAAAGGUAUUGUUACAGUAUUUGAAAAGUACAAGUCACUUUGUUCAGCUAAUGGAGGAAAGGAUUGUUUCUACCUAACACCUUUAAAACAUAUCAAAGAUGGACAAUGGUAUAGCAACAAUCCUAUUGGACACAACACUUUACAAGGCACUGUGAAAGGGUUGUGCACAAGUAUUGGGCUGACAGGAAAGCGCACAAACCAUAGCCUCCGAGCAUCUGCAACAACACGCCUUUAUAAUGCUGGCAUAGAAGAACAAUGUGUUGCCGAAACAACAGGUCAUCGUAGUAAUGCAGUUAGAGUAUACAAAAGAACUUCUGCUGAUCAACAAAUAGAGGCAUCGAAUAUUUUAUAUGGAUUAAGACCGUCAGACAAAAGAAAGAAGGCAAAACCAUCAGCAGCUGCGGGUGCACCAGUUAGUAGUGCUUUGGUUGAAUAUUCAACGGAUGAAAGUGACAAGAAAUCUGUGACAUGCAACUUUUCUUUCAACUUUUCGUUAUGA